UUCCCUGGGCACAGAACUGACAUGCUUUCUGCUGACAAAUGUGCGGUGAUGCCGCCGAAGACUUAAGCAUGCCAGGCAGUGGCUAUACAGCUUAUGGAUCUAUUAUUACGCGGUGGCUUAGGAACCAGCGCAGUGCCACGUUAGGACACGGGACUAGGCGGGGAGUUUGGAGGGGGGGGGUCCGGAAUCUCCUUCCCCGCCGGAGUUUUGAUUGCUUCCGCCCACUUUGAUUUAUUAUUUUAAAAACUAAAUUUUGGCAAGUAUUUUCUUACGUUUGUUGUCCGGGGCUGAGAAGACAGACUCGUCCGUAGAUGGAGUCUGGCGCUGCAAAUACCACCUUUCCUAUCCAAAAAGGGAAGAAGAAUUUAUCAAGCGGCAGUUGAAGGUGGAUUUUUGUGCGCCCCCCCGCCCCCCGCCCGCCCGCACACUGCUCGUUUUACAAGCCGUGCAGGCUCUGCCACCUAGAGCACUUUGUGAGAUCACUCCGGUCUGCUGUUUUUCUACCCACUCUAUCCAUCCAUCGGUGUGAGCGUGUGUAUAUGUGGGUGGGUGGGUGGAUAUCCCUCUCUUUCUCGGUUACCCACAUACACACUCACACACACAGAGAGAGAUGCACUGACGCUGACAUGAACUUGAAGACUUGCAAAAUCCACAUGCAUGUGGUACCCUGGCAUGUCUUGGGAUCCUGAUACUUGCAAAGCCGAAAGCCUGCAGGCUGCUUAAUCCUUCAGAACAGAAUCUCGGGGGGACUAAAGACGAAAAGAAUCAAGUUUAUUCACUCUCCACUCCCUGAUCUUCUGCAUAUAUAUUUUUGGUGCUGUGGAUGUAACAGAGGCUCAGUCAUUGGACUUCACUGAAUCACGUUCCAUCUGCCGAGGAUCUUCAUUUUGCAUAGUUGGAGUGUAACAGGAUUUUUUUGCAUUACAUCUUUAUUUUUUUUAUAAAAAUGCAUGGCUUAGAAAGAAGAUCUAACUACCUUGUGGAGGUUAUAGUACCAAACCAGGGAUAAAUGUGACUCUUCAAAGGUCCAGUUGUGUGAUUUACCAUGGAAAAAUUGCUCUGCAGCAUCCUGGUGUUUGGAGUGGCUGUUGUGGUCAAUGCUUGUCCAAAAUAUUGUGUCUGCCAGAACCUGUCCGAAUCAUUAGGGACUCUUUGCCCCUCUAAAGGCCUCCUUUUUGUACCAUCAGACAUAGACAGGAGGACUGUUGAACUCCGACUUGGAGGCAACUUCAUUAUUAACAUUAGUAGACUGGACUUUGCCAAUAUGACUGGCCUUGUUGACCUCACAUUGUCUAGGAAUACUAUUAGUUACAUACAGUCCUAUGCUUUUGCUGACUUAGAAAGUCUACGGUCUUUGCACUUGGACAGUAACAGGCUGCCCUGCAUUGGGGAGGAUAUUUUGAAGGGCCUUGUCAACCUUCAGCACUUGAUUCUAAACAACAAUCAACUGAGUUGUAUUUCUGAUGAAGCUUUUGGAGACUUCUUGCUAACCUUGGAAGAUCUGGAUCUUUCCUACAAUAACCUCAGAAGCAUCCCUUGGGAAUCAAUAAGGAAGAUGGUAAAUUUACAUCAGAUUAGCUUGGAUCAUAAUUUGAUAGAUUAUAUUACAGAGGGGACAUUUGCAGACCUUCAGAAACUGGCAAGGCUGGAUCUGACCUCCAACAGACUUCAGAAGCUUCCUCCCGAUCCCAUAUUUGCCAGAUCCCAAAUAUCUCCAUUAACGUCAACCCCAUUUUCUCCACCUCUUUCUCUGAGCUUUGGAGGAAACCCUUUGCAUUGUAAUUGUGAGUUGCUUUGGCUGCGGCGUCUUGACAGGGAUGAUGACAUGGAAACUUGUGCUUCUCCUCCAGGUUUAAAAGGGAGGUACUUUUGGUAUGUCCGGGAAGAGGAGUUUGUUUGUGAACCCCCCUUGAUUACCCAGCAUACUCACAAAUUGUUGGUUUUAGAAGGACAAACGGCCACUUUAAAAUGCAAAGCCAUUGGAGAUCCAUCUCCAGUCAUUCACUGGGUAGCUCCAGAUGAUCGGCUUAUAGGGAACUCUUCAAGGACAGCAGUCUAUGACAAUGGCACCUUAGAGAUUUUGAUCACAACAUCUAAGGAUUAUGGAACAUUCACCUGCAUAGCAGCCAAUGCUGCUGGAGAGUCUACUGCAACAAUUGAGUUGUCAAUUGUCCAGCUUCCUCACCUCAGUAAUGGUACAGGUCGGGCAGCCCCACCCAAAUCAAGACUUUCAGAUAUAACCAGUUCCAGCAAGUCUAAUCGAGGGGAGACUAAGGGGCCACCAGAAAGGGCUGUCUUGGUCUCUGAGGUGACAACUACCUCAGCUUUGGUUAAAUGGACAGUGAGCAAGUCAGCUCCGAGAGUUAAAAUGUACCAGCUGCAAUAUAACUGCUCUGAUGAUGAAGUUCUCAUUUACAGGAUGAUUCCUGCUACAAACAAGGCUUUUGUGGUGAACAACCUGGUUUCUGGAACUGGAUAUGAUCUUUGUGUUCUGGCCAUGUGGGACGACACUGCCACAACGCUCACCGCUACCAAUAUUGUGGGUUGUGCCCAGUUCUACACCAAAGAGGAUUAUCCCCAGUGCCAGUCCAUGCACAGCCAGUUCCUUGGUGGAACAAUGAUCUUAGUGAUAGGAGGGAUUAUUGUGGCAACUCUGUUGAUCUUCAUCGUCAUAUUGAUGGUCCGAUACAAAGUUUGCAACAAUGCUCCGGGGAAGAUGGCUAAUGUCAGCAAUGUCUACUCGCAAACCAAUGGAUCCCAACCUGUCCAGAAUGGGGUCCUACCCCAAGUCAAUCCCAAAGUGGUGACUCAAGGCAGCUGCAAGAAGAGGUGGAAGAACACAAACACAUAUGAAAGUCAAUCAAUAAGAUAAAAAUAACACACAGGUUAAAAAUACAGCCAACAGUGGCAUUCUAAGCAGAGUUAUAUCUACCCUGUUGAAAAGUUACAGUGAAUGUAUGUAUAGUUUGUGCACGCUAGGUUUUUGUUCUGAGUAAUUCUCAAAUAUGUGCAGAUUAAUUCAGGGAUCCCCAACACUUUUGAGUCUGUGGGCACCUUUGGAACUCUGGCGCAGGAUGGUAGGAGCAGUCACAAAAUGGCUGCUGCAGGAGGGGGAGUCAAUGACACAAUGGCUGCCACAGUUUACAUUCAGUCAUAUAGCGAAGAUCCUUGUACUGUGGUGGCAGCUGUGGCCAAAGCAAUUUUUUUCUCAAAAAAAUCUGCACUUUCAAUCAAAUCUCCAAUGGCCAAUCAGAAGUUUCAUUGGGUAAGUGCCCCACUUGGUCCCACCCACUUUCUACAAAUACUUGGCAGGCACCAGAAAAGUAUUCAUGGGCAUAAUUGUGUCUACAGGCACCACACUGGAGACCCCUGUCUCAAUAUACAAUUUGACCCCCACAUUUACCCAGGUACUGGUCCCCAUUUUCAUUUGUAAGGUACCGGUAAACAUCUACUGUUUCCUUCUUGCAAACAGAUUAACAUAUGUACAUGCAGGAUAUAUGUGUGUUCACUAUAACACGUGAACAAAAUUACACUUUAAGUCAUAUUAAGUUAAUGUAUUUAAAAGAGUGUAAUUCUGCUAAGGAGUGUACUUUGUCCUCCACCAAAUGCAAUUUGAAAAAAAAAUAAUCUUACACGCCUUCCUAAGUGCAGAAAACAAAGACAUUCUUUCAAUUCAUUCUGGUAUACCUGUUCAGACAGCCCUAGGGGGCUACUACCAGGAAAUCUAUGUCUGAAAAGUGUAACUGAUGUGUAAGAGUAUACAAGGAGAUAUAGGCUUAGAUUCCCUGGAUUUUUUUCUUUGAGUGGCAGGAUUCCUAUUUAUGAAAUGCAGCUUUCGGACUUUCACACUUCACUAGAUGCAGCAGUUUGAAGUGUAUCCAAAAUCCUGCUCAUGAGGGUUUUCUGGCCCUCAAGAACAGGGUUCCGGAGUGCAUUUCAAGCUGUCACAGGAGGGAGAAAGCAAGAAUUUUGCUCUCUGCAAGCAAAAAUCAUCUCUGGACACUGGGAGUAGAUACUGGGAGUUCUUGAAUAAUGAAGACUUACUUCUGAGUAGACCUGCUUAGUCUUUCUCCCCUGUCACAGGGAACUAUCCACAUUAUCCAUCAUUCCUCACAGUUCUGAAUGUUGUUGCACAUGUUCAGUCACAGCAAUGCCUAGGCUGAACCAUACCCUCUUGAAUUCCCCGUUCCCUGGAAAAUUGGAGAAAUGAGAUGAAGGGAACAGUUUACUUUGUGUAAUGUGAGAGGACCUAAGCCAUGCAGAGACUCCUACUCAUCACAAAGCUCCUGUUCUGCUAUGGCUUCCUCAUUGAUCACAUGUCCAGAGGCCUGGAGAAAAUAAACAUGGUCGGAAAUAUGUUUAUUCAGGAAAUCCACAUGCACAUCAGAGUGCAGCCAGGACUCUGAAGCAAGCAGUGAUUUUUGUACCUGCUCCUCAAUGUCACAUCUAUACUGCCAGGGUACCUUGUGCGCUUCAUCACAAUUGCAUUGAAGACAAUACAUUCUUUCCCCAAAGAUGGCUGUGGAUCAAGGCUUGCAUAUUGUUGCUCCCAUUGAAAUGAAUGCUGCUCUAACAAUGCAAAUGUCUGAGGAACCUAAAAUGUUUAGAAUCAAUUUAGUAGCUUCACUAGAUGCAUCCAUCUUCAUUCAAAUGAGAGCUUAAUUUCUACAUUGUGCAAAUGUCCAGAUGACAGCAUUGCUUUGCUAGUUAAUUAUACCUUGUUUUAAUUAAAUCCAAUGAAAGCACUUAAAAGAUUUUUGUUUAGCAUUUCCUCUUCCACUAUCAUUUCUAGUAGUGAGUUUAUUUUUAUUUAAUUGUAUUGACAAGUUUCUUUUCAUCUUGGCAGCUAGAGUACUUCUCAUUCAGCCAUGAAGUUAAUUAAAAAUAUUAGAAGUAUACUUACCAAGUAUACAACAACAAAGAUCCAAUGCAUUUCUUUCCAUUAUAGAGGGGGAAAUAGUUAUUUUUAAUAAUGUGAAUCAAAAGAAAUAACUGAGUUGCUGAGCUGUAAUUUUUCUCUCACUGAUUCCACAAAUGGCUUCACAUGGCUUUGUUCCUUCACUCCUUCAUUCAGUGUGCAUGCUGACAUCAUGGAAGAUGUCUGUGUGCUU